CAGGAAUACAUUUUCAAAUGUCUCACAUCCACUGUGCCCAAAAUCAACAAUGCAGCAGUUUUCAUGCUGAACAACGUUCGUAGCAACUCUCGACUUUUGACAGUGGUUAUCAUUUAGCCAGGGACAGUGCAGUGUGCGCGCAAAUCACGUCAUCUGAUUUUGACACGAUGAAAGUCAAGUCACCUUUUUACUGAACAACAUAUACAUAAUGUAGUAACAUAAUGUAUAUUUAAAAAAAAAACUUUCUAAAUGUUACUAACGACAAAGCUCGACAAAAUGACUGUAUUUCUCUUAUCUUUAUGGAUUUUAAAGGUGCGUUAUGUAAGAAUUUUAGUUGAAAACAUUAAAAAGUUAACUGAAAUCUUCAGCAGAAGGUCAAAGAAUAGCAGUUGUGAGGUUAUGACAUCUAUGUAUUGUCUUACAGAGAUAUCUGCUGAAGUUUGCAUGCCAACCAGUUAGCCCCAGUCUGUAAUGCUCCAUAGCUCCUGUGCUAGCGGUGUAAACACCAACAAUUCCCCUGAGCGCCAAGUCAGGACCGCUAGCUUCAUGGCUAACAGAGCUAACUAGCUUACAGCAGCUAUGGUUAGCAUGGGUUUGACAAGUGGUCAGAUCUUACAUACUGCACCUUUUAACUUGUGAAAAAACUGAUCAUGACUGACAGAGGUUAUGUUAUCAACUGAACUAUUUAAUGAAAUAUUUGUUUUUUUUUCACAUGGGGAGGGAGUGUUAUCAGAGAAUACAACCAGCAGAAAUGUUAGUUGUUGCCGUCUUCAAGUGUAUGAUGUUCAAUGAUAAAUAAAUGUCUCUGAAAACAAUUAUGUUGAACAUUGUUAUAUAUGUAUUGCAUGUAAUUUAUUUGCAACAACAUUUUGCAAUAAGAGAAUAAAUAUAAAAGACCUCUAAUAGCUCAUUAAAAAGGCAGAUAUGCAGUCAAAAUGAAGAUGAAGUUCACAAGCCAUGCAUCAAAUGCAAGUGAUAUUUAGUAAAAGUGUUUACUGUAUAGUCUGAACACAGAUUAAAUUCUGAGUUGUUUGUCAAGCAUGUUAUUCCACUUCAGUCACAGUAGUGACAUGCACUACUUUUGCAUGUAUGUAAAAAAAAAAAAAAAAAAGAUAGACUAUUUGAAUUUCCAUUUAUGCAAUAUGCUGUGGUUGUUUGGCCAUUUGAACAGAGUAAAUAGAACGCUGAGUUUUUUUCCUCACUGUACAAUUCUAAAACAAUAAAAUACAGAUUACACUUUAAUUCUUAAGUUACAAGGAUGAAAUACUACUUCUCUUCUCUUCUCUUCUCUUCUCUCUAUUGUAUUAAUGCCUGUUCUUGUCUGGUCUCCCUUAUUGAUUUUGGUACUAAUAGGCAGACAGUGGCUUCAGAGUAAUGUGGUUGUAGAGGAAGAUAAGUCUAUCUCAGGACCACAGUAGGAAGAUUGCUGACUUGCUGAGCACUAAUAAGGAAAUGCAGAGAUGGAGGCAAGAGGAACAACAUUUUGAUGUAAUUACAAUUAAACUGAUCUACAAACUACAUGCCAGAGCUGCUAAGCGAGAAACACUCUCUCUUUAUACCAGGAUACAAAUAAAACCCUAACUAUUAGACAGCAAAAUCAGACACUAUUCAGGCUAAGUGGUGAGUUAUAAGUGUAACUGACAUGUAGUGUCAUGUAAAUACAAGAAAGUUCCUAAAAACACAGGAAAGAGUCUGUGAUGGCAGCACCAUAGAGUAACAGCUCCACCCAGUGGAGAGCUGUGGUAACGACAGGAAAGUUCCUGAACACUCUGGAGCUCCUCCAGUUAGAAUAUAAAAGCUGGGACAGUCCCACUGCUGAGACACAAAGCAACACAGAGGAGAAGAGACACUUUAACAGAGAUUCAUCUCUCAACAAGACCAGUCGACACUCAACACUCAGUGAAGAUGCUGUGCUCUGGUGGACUCCAGUCUGCACUCAGUCCAUUGAUGGACUUGUACUGGCCUGUACGCAGUCUGUGGCCAGAGGUCAGACCUCUGCUCUACCAGCAGGAUCUACUGCAGAGAAACCUACAGGAGCUCCGCAGCAGCCUGGAGCUGAUGGACAAACUUCAACAGGACAUCCUGGAGGAGACGGAGCCUUUCCAAAGCGCUGUGGCCGUACAACCGCUCUCCUACCAGCUGGAGAAAGAGGGAGAGCGCUUUGGCCUGACCCUGGACACUCAAGGCUUUUCCCCAGAGGAGCUGUCUGUCAGGCAGGUGGGCAGGAAGCUGAGAGUCAGCGGGAAGACAGAGAAGAAGCAGGAGGACGAGGAAGGCUCCUACUCUUACAGAUGCCACCAGUUCAGGCGGGAGUUUGACCUGCCCCAAGGGCUGAACCCUGAAGACGUCACCUGCUACCUGGCUCCAGACGGGAAGCUCCACAUCCAGGCGGCCCAAGAUCCACGUGUGGAGGAGGCUGAGAGAGAGCUGACUGUCAAGAGGAGCUCGGAGGAGAACACACAGCAGAGUGUGUGUUCACACAGAGAAGACAGCAGCAGCAGCAGCAGCAGCACAGAGACAGACAACAGCACACAGGACAAACCUCAACACAUGGACUCAUCUGCAUGUUGUUAACAAGGAGUUUAAAUAGAAAUGUGUUAAAUGAUGAUCAGAUCUGUGCCUUUGUACUUGUAUGAUAAAUAAAUC